GACUGAUGAUGAUUUUCUCAAAGAGCCUCGCGAUCGGGAAGGACGCACUGUCCCCCCUCACUUAUCAGUCUGAACACUUGCAAAUAUAUAUAGGAAUUAACUUUUUUCCUUUGCUCACACAGACGGGCACGUAGUGGCGGAUAGGAGAUGGUUUUGCAGCAUUCGCCCAGCUAGCGACGAGCUUUUGUUCUUUGAUAACAUCAGCGAGCUGCAGUCCCUGUAUACUGAACUGACUUCUGACAACAAUAAACACACGCAUCACAAAGACACGGGUACUCAAGUUGAAUAUGGACUACGAAAGACCCAACGUAGAGACCAUCAAGUGUGUUGUUGUUGGAGACAAUGCGGUGGGGAAGACUCGCCUUAUUUGUGCCCGGGCCUGCAACACUACCCUGACCCAGUACCAACUGUUGGCCACCCAUGUACCCACCGUCUGGGCCAUCGACCAGUACAGAGUCUGUCAAGAGGUCUUAGAACGUUCCAGAGACGUUGUGGAUGAUGUAAGUGUGUCCCUCCGGCUAUGGGACACCUUUGGAGAUCAUCACAAAGACAGACGCUUCGCCUAUGGGAGGUCUGACGUCGUGGUUCUCUGCUUUUCCAUCGCCAAUCCCAACUCCCUACACCAUGUUAAAACCAUGUGGUACCUCGAGAUCAAGCACUUCUGUCCACGCACACCUGUCAUCUUGGUUGGUUGCCAGUUGGACUUGCGCUACGCUGAUCUGGAAGCAGUCAAUCGAGCAAGGCGACCAUUAUCAAGACCCAUUAAACCAGGAGAUAUUUUGCCUCCAGAGAGUGGAAGGGAGGUCGCCAAAGAGCUUGGCAUCCCAUACUAUGAGACAAGCGUUUUCGACCAGUUUGGCAUCAAGGAUAUCUUUGAUAAUGCCAUCCGAGCUGCCCUCAUCUCCAGACGUCACCUACAAUUCUGGAAGUCCCACCUGAGGAAGGUCCAAAAGCCACUGCUGCAGGCACCAUUUUUGCCACCCAAAGCCCCUCCACCACUUAUUAAGAUCCCAGAGUGCCCAACCAAAAACAGGGAUGGCCCGAGGCAGCUUCUUGAGAGCCCCCUGUGCGUUGAUGUUAUGUUUGUCAUUCAGGAACACAUCCAAUUGUUUGCCCACAGGAUCUACCUGUCUACCUCAUCCUCCAAAUUCUUCGACCUCUUUCAGAUGGAUUUCUCCGAUGAGUCCCAGUGCGUGGUGGUAACUGAGCGUCACGGGCGGGAUCAACUGAUGCGCACACUAAGCCUGGACACGGAUGAGGACGUCACCGUUCUCCCAAAUCUUUCGCCUUGCUCGCUCAGGGCCUCCAAGAGUGAUGGAACCCUCAAGAUGAUGAGUUCUAGUGGAAUGAACUGGUGCACCAAGCUGUCCCUGGCCUCUUGGAGCAAGGCCUUCCAUAGCAUCCACAAGGAGAAUGUGAUCAACCCGGUCACAGGUGCGCCAGCUCUAAUGACUAUCGUCAAGAUGGAUCAUUCCAUCCACCAUGGACCGUUCAGCGCUGUCCUACGCUUCCUCUACACUGGUGAGCUGGAUGAGAAGGAGAAGGACCUGAUGAAAAUCGCCCAGAUUGCAGAGAUCCUAGAAGUGUUUGAUCUUAGGAUGAUGGUGGAGAACAUCAUGAACAAUGAAAGCUUCAUGAAUCAAGAGAUCACAAAAGCAUUCCAUGUGAGAAAGGCCAACCGAAUCAAAGAGUGUCUCACCAAGAAUAACUUCACAGAUGUGGUGUUCAGGUUGGACGAUGGCACCAUUAACGCCCACAAACCACUGCUGAUCUCUAGCUGUGACUGGAUGGCUGCUUUAUUUGGGGGUUCUUUCAUGGAGAGUGCAAAUGACGAGGUCUCAUUCCCCAACACCAGCAAGGUAUGUAUGCAGGCAGUGCUGGAGUAUCUCUACACCAAUCAGCUGUCGCCCAUGGCAGACCUGGACCCAAUGGAGCUAAUCGCCCUGGCCAACAGACUGUGCCUUCCACGGCUCAUCGCCCUGACAGAGCAAUACGCUGUGAGCGAGUUAUUAAAAGCAUCUAAAGAUGGACAGGAUAUCGAUGGAGAGGUACUCACCUAUCUAGAGCUUGCUCAGUUCCAUAAUGCUAAUCAACUUGCUGCCUGGUGUUUACACCACAUCUGCACCCAUUACAACAGGAUAUGUGCCAAUUACCGCAAAGAGAUCAAGGCAAAAUCAGCAGCAGAAAACCAGGAAUAUUUUGAGAAGCACCGCUGGCCUCCGGUCUGGUAUCUGAAAGAGGAAGAUCACUAUCAGCGGGUGAAGAAGGAGAGAGAGAAGGAGGAUGUGGUGUUGAAUAAACAUCACUCUCGAUGGCGCUGGUGUUUCUGGAGCACGUCCCCUGCUGUUGCUUGAGUCUGUAACCUCUUGUUUUAUUUUAAAAGCUCUUAUUUUCUUCUUUUUUUUCUGUUUUGCUAGGAUAAAAACAGGCCACUAUAAAUGAGCUUUUGGUUUGAAGCACAAUCUCAAUGUCCAAUCAAUGCUGGCCAUCAAAUCUGUGGAGGUGACGUAGGCCUAUUUUGUUAUGGUGUAGUAUUUGUUUUAAUAAUAGAACUGAGGUGUUGGACUUAGUUGUGAUCUGACUGUGUUAGAAGCAUAAGAAUUACUUAAAACACUAAGAGGAUUAGGGAGUGAUUUCUCCUGUCUUUCCUUUUUCACUUAGGUGCUAUAUAGUGUAUAUUUGCUUUAACACAUUUGAAACUGUGAAAUGAAAUCAUCAAAGUGGAAAAUGCUCAUUAUGCCGCUAAUUCUGAGCACAUGCAUUCAUUUGCAAAAUUUGCAAUGUACAAUUCAGAGUUCCGGCAAAUUUCGGGUAAUGUGGUAAGCUUGUUUAUUGGAUAACCUGUGAGCAAAAAUUAAGAGCACUUGAGGAUUGGGCUUGCUGUAAAUUGUAAUAUAAUGGAUGUAGUUUGAUCAUUGUGAUUGUAAGAGCCUACAGCAUUCAGCCGUAUGUGUGAACAUCAGGAACAAGAACGCAGUAGAUGGGUCAUUCCUCUUAUGCAGCACAUUUCGCAAAAAAAAAAAAAAUCCCCUACAAAAAUGCAUGGUUGCAUUUCUAUUAAAGGAUAUGCUAGACUUUCUGAAAUGUGUUCUCGUAAAACUCAGGCACUUAAAAUGUAUGAAUUAUAACUUUAUGAUUUACACAAGAACAAAAAUCAGGAAAAAAGUUACAGGAUGAUAUGGAAUAUGGUGGAGAAAAAAAAAAAUGCGAUAUGAGGAAAAUGUAUAUUUCUAAGCUUUGCAUUCACGUGCAAAUGUUUUGCGUUCCCCCGUAAAAUAUGCCUUUUGCCUGCAAAAGUUUUGCAAUCUAGUUUUCACUCAAAAAUUGUGAGUUAAUUUCAUGAAUAAUUACAAUAAAUCAGCAUGUAAUUAAACAUUAAAUUAAACAUGAAUUAAAAUCGUGAAAAACUUGAAAUUUGGAAGUAGGAAGACUGAAAUAGUGUUUUCUUGUAAAAUGUACUCCAAUAAUCUUUGUUACAAUUACAGCUUAUUAUAUAUAUAAGUGUAAAAGGAUGUAUUGGCAUUUUUUGGAAUAUGUUGAUAUAAUGAUUUCUGUCAUUUCUGUAAAUUAUAAACAGGGUGGACUAUUCGAAAAUAAGACAAACCAACUAAUACCACAGAAAAUAAACAGUCAUCAUUGCUUACUGAUACUUUUAGCUGCACUAAUGUUUGUAUAGAUUUUUUUUUUAUGAAAAGCUUAUUUCCUAAGAUGUGUCCUAUAAUGAAUAAAUAAUAUAUGUAAAUGUUUCAUGGUAGGAUAUUACUGGAAAAGAAUGUACUGCGGCUUUAUGUGUUGGUAUGUACUGCACUCUUAAAGACGGUGAAGGGUUUUACAUAACAAAACACAGGGUCGGUGCCAAUGUAUCCUAAACGAAACUGGAUGAACGAUGUAACUGCCUAUUGAUAUAGGAGGAACGUUCAUACUUGAAGAAAAAUAAUAGUGUUUAGUCAUUAUAGUGUAGAUUAUCUUUGAUGUACCAAAGCAAUAUAUAAAUGAUCACAUGCAUAAUAUACCAUGAUUGUUCUUUUUCGGUGGUAUUGGCAAAAUUGUUGUGAACUGUUGUUAGCUGCUGAAAACCAGAUGGCUGGUUCAUUUGGUUCUUGCUGCCUUUGAUCUUGCUGGACAUUAUCGUUCAUGUCAGUUGUUUGUUUAUUUAUGUAUUUCAUUAAUUUAUUUUUUAAAAAAUGAAAAAUUGAAUAAAUGAUUGCUUUUA